GGGAGACCGAGAGAGCAGAGGCGCUCAGCACGGAGCGAGGCGCCGCGCCGUUUCCUUUUCUGCUCCACUGCAACCGGAGUCCGGAGCAUAGCAACCUCGCUGGGCUCCCAUAUAGCGGGCCCGCGGAGCCGGGAUAUACUCCAGGGAAGUCGAGCAAGGAGAGCGUGGAUUGUGGACUACAGGGGUAAAGAUCGAGUGAGCAUCGCUUCACCAUGCGCCCUUCUCUCUGCUGCGCACCUCUUUUUCUUCUGCUACUAUUACAUUUGGCAUUUGCUAGACCUCUCUUUCCUCUACCGAGUAAGACAAAGAAUGAAGAGAAGAAGCCCAUACAGACGUUUCGGCCAUAUAACAUUGCUCAUCGUGGAUCAAAUGGGGAAAUUCCCGAGGAAACAGCUGCUGCAUACAUGAGAGCUAUUGAAGAAGGGGCGGAUUUUAUAGAGUCUGACAUCCUUGCUAGCAAAGAUGGGGCCUUGAUUUGUUUUCAUGAUGUAACACUUGAUGAUACAACUGAUGUUGCCAAGCGUAAGGAAUUUGCCAAUCGAAGAAGAACCUAUGAAGUGGAGUGGUUUAAUGUUACUGGAUGGUUUGUAGUGGACUUCACACUGGAGGAACUUAAAACACUUAGAGUGAAGCAGAGAUACUCGUUUAGAGAUCAACAAUACAAUGGUAUGUUUUCAAUCAUCACGUUUGAAGAAUUCAUUUCAAUUGCCCUAGAUGCAGACAGAACUGUCGGCAUAUAUCCCGAGAUUAAAGAUCCAGUUUUUAUCAACAAGCAUGUCAAGUGGGCUGAUGGGAAGAAGUUUGAGGACAAAUUUGUGGAUACCUUGCUUAAAUAUGGAUACAAAGGUCAAUAUAUGUCAGAGAAUUGGCUGAAGCAGCCAUUGUUUAUACAAUCCUUUGCUCCCACCUCCAUUGUACAUGUAUCAGAUUUUAUUGACUCUCCCAAGGUAUUUUUGAUUGAUGAUAUCAGUGUGAGAACACAAGACACGAACCAGUCAUACUGGGAAAUUACUUCAGAUGACUACCUUGCAUACAUUAGUAAAUAUGUCGUUGGCCUUGGUCCAUGGAAGGACACUAUUGUUCCAGCUUCAGGAAACUACUUGAUGCCACCUAGUGAUCUUGUCGCACGGGCACAUGCUCAUAAUCUCCAGGUACAUCCAUACACGUACAGGAACGAGAACCAGUUCCUGCACUUCAACUUUUUUCAAGAUCCCUACAAUGAAUACGACUUCUGGAUAAACACUGUGGGGGUUGAUGGACUGUUUACAGAUUUCACCGGAACCCUUCACAGGUACCAAGAAUUGACAUCCCCACACCGGAAGGAUGAGACUGCAAAUAGCCUCCUAGUAAAAAUUAGCCAAAUGAUCUCAGCAUAUGAAGGUCUCUGAUCAGCACGACGUUGCUGAAAAUUGUUUGUGCUUUUGUUAAUCGAUCUGCAAGAGCACACGAUCCAUUCAUCACGGACGGUGCAACGUGACACUGUGACUUUGCAAGGUUAAAUAAACGAGUUGUUUCUGGUUGGGACUUGUUAGCACGAGCCGUACUCUCCAUUAAAGCUCUUAAACCCUGUGAGAAAUUUCUAGUGUGGGAAUAAUUGUUUUCACGAUAGAAACCGUAUCAUGGUUUAGCGUGCCAGGAUGGACGAGUUGGUCUCGGGUCUUUGCACAGUUGGCCUACAAUUGUACUUGCCGGAGUGUUGAAAUUUCUAGUGUGGGAAUAAUUGUUUUCACGAUAGAUAAACGCUCUUGUCACUCUUAUCCUCUUUUAUGCUGCUUAAGUAACACGCUGUUUGUUGGU